AUUCUAUGAAAGUUCUGUCAUACAUCAAACUUUUUUAUAAUUUGUACACAAUGCCAUGUUUUACAUUAACUUAGAUAACAAAGCAUUAGCGCAAAAAUAUGCCGAAAUUGCCGAGUCAGAAAGCGAUAGUGAUAUGUUGUUCAGCAGUGAUAGUGGCCAUGUUCAUAACCCUGGUGGUUCUGAUGACCACGGUGGAACCGCAGCCAUUGCCAGAUGACGAGGAAGACGGGCCCACGGCCACGCCAGGCCCUGAGGGGACCACCUCGAAAGGAAGGAGAUACUUCGAUCAAACAAAUAUGAAUGUUACUGAUGAGUCGAAUGACUGCGAAGAAUGCAAUGAUAUCGAAAAUAUGCCCGUACAGAGGGUAAGUAUACCACUUGCCAUUAAAAGGCGUUUCUUAGAAGCCAUAAAGGAACAGAAUAAACACAAAAGGAAUGUAGAAGAUACGGCGCCGACAUUUUAUAACAAAUAUUAUGAUUUGGAUGAUGAAGAAACGGUUAUUAUUAAUUUUGUUGAUAACGAUCCUAAUUCAGCUAUCGAGAUAAAAAUACGCAAAAUGGCUGACUUGAACUCUACAUCUAAUAAAGAAAAUAAGGGAAAUGGAGUACUUAAUGUAACUGUUGAGAAAAACACAGAAAAGUCUAGAAUAUCUGAAUUUAUGAAUCGAAAUAGUUCACCUGCUAGCACUCUAUUAAGAAAUAUUCUGCAUAUUAUUGACACGGAAGUGGCAAAUUUUACGAUUAGUCUUUUGAAUUCAUUGAAAAAUAUAUCUUUUUCGAGUAAAAUAACCUCGAUGAUCAACAAUAAAUUGAAAAUACCAUCAAAUAUCGAUCAAAACUCAAUUAUAAAUGAAACUACUCUAAAUGAAAAUGUAAGAAGAAAUAAGUUGAAAUUAAUUAAUGAAACUACAACACGUAAUGAUUUUAAUAAUUCUAAAACACGCGUACCUAUGUUAUCAUUAAACGAAACAUUAAAAAGUGGAGAUAUACCAGAAAGCUUAAAAUUAGUUCACAAUUUAUCAGAAUCUCCGUUGGUGAAUAAUACCCCAAGAAGCCGCCCACUUAAAAGCUUCAAAUAAGGAAAUGUAAAAAAAGAAAGUGUGUAACAUAGUGUACUGAUAAUGGGAGACAUUGACAAAACGAUCAGAAACAUGUGAGCUGGAAGGACGAGACCAGCAGGCUACUGUGUAGUUAGCUGACCAAAUGUGAUGACCAUAAUUCAAUUCAUAGGUCAUUGAAGAAAACUUAUAUGUCCCUACUAUUCGUUGGUAUCACGGCUACCAUUUGGCCGUUUACGUCGUUUGCUAGGUUAUUUAAUUAUUAUUUGUGGUUGAAACUAUA